CAUUUGCAUGACACGCUAUUUUAUUGCUGUAAAUCGAAAUUUAUCAUUAACUCACGUACAGAUUGUUUGUUUUUGAAAUUUAUUAUUUUGUUUUGAUGUAGAGAACACGUGUACUUUUCUACGUCACAAAAUUAUUUAAUGUCUGUUUAGAUGGAUUAUUAACGACGAUUAUUAUUUUUCACGUAUUUCAAUAUGGACGACCAAUAAAAUAUAUACGAAUGCUACUUAAAUAAUAUGUACCGAUACGUGUAUAAUAAAUAGUUUUAUGUGGUUACGACGUUUAGAUUAAAAAUAAUGACGAUUUAAAUUUUUUUUUUUACAAAUAAAUACGAUGCUGUGUGUUUUAAACACGUUCUACCGUCACUUCGACGCCAUGUUUGAAAUGGCAAAUGUGCCUACAACGUGCGUUGACGCUAUUUCUGCUUGCCUGAUCCAAGAGAAUAUCACGUGUAAAAUAAUUGAUGACAUUGCGUUUCCAUUCUUCACAGCGAUUAUCAGUUAUGUGAUUAGCAUGCGGAGAUAAUGGCGAAAGCGUGCUUCCUUUCCAAACAUGGCGUCGAAAUGAUGGAGGAACAAAUUAUUUCCGAAUUUAAAAUAAAAGCUUUGGAUUAUCAUCCAGAUAAAAAUCCAGAUGAUCCAAAUUCAGUCGAGCGAUUUCAAAGAUUGCAACGAGCCAAAGAAAUUUUAACAGAGCCUACGACAAGGAAACAAUAUGACAUGUGGAAAAGAAGUGGGCUGACGAUACCUUUCGAUCAAUGGCGAAAUUUGAGUAAAGAUAAUCAUUGUUCAAUGCACUGGGCUUGCAAGAAACAGAAAGACUUGAUGCUGGAUCAUAAAUGUGAUUCUGAAAGUAAAUUAGCUGAUAAAAAAUCUUAUGCUGACCAACAGAAAUCUACAUUUUCAAUACUGCAGACAGAAAACAUUACCUGGGAGAGAGAACCUGGAAAUGAAGUUUUGCAGAAGUUUCGAAAUUAUCAGAUCUGAAUGAGUCCAAACAUGGAACUUCGACGGGGUCACAACGUAGCCAUCCAAGUUUCGUCUGUCGGAUGUUUAGUAAUGCAUUUAAAUUUUUGUUGUAAAAAUCUCAUAUUCCCUCUCCAAAUCUAUGUAUAAAUAUUAAAAUGUUACAUUGCAAAAAAUUAUAUACAUAUCCAUGACAUAAAUAUUUGAAAUAUAUUUGUACAUUUAACUAAAUUCAUGAGCAGAAAAUCUUGAGAACACAAUUUAUAUAUUGAUUAUACAAAAUUUUAAAUCUAUAUCAAAGCAUAAAUGGAUUCAUUAUACUCUGGCAGGACCAGAAAUGACGUGUAAAAUUUUAGAAAGUACAAACCCUUUAUAAAUUAAUAUAAAAUUAAAAUUUUUAACUUGUUAUUGUAAUUUAUUAUUUCCAGCAUUAGUAGUUAUGCUUAUUUUAUUCAUUUCUAUGUCAAUU